AUGGCUGACGAGUCUAGAGCCUUAUCCACAAACUCGGCAUAUUACAACUUUACAAAUGAGCAGCUGGAGACGACGACUGGUCGGUUGUCGCCGUAUGCUGCUGUCUUCCAACCCAAUGGCUCAUAUGGCACCCAGGUGCUGGAUUUGGAAGAAGUGACACAAGUCGUUCCGCAAUGUCAGGCAUCAGCACCACGUCCAAUGGAUCCCAAUCUCGAGAAUAAUAAUGAGCGAGAGUCUGUGUCGGAGCAGUCCAGAUACAACGGAUCACACCGCGUGCAGACGCACAUGCAUCCCAUGUGGCCCAUCCUUGGUAAUUUGAUCGGUAGCGAAGGGAUGGAACCCACUUGGCACGAGCAACCGCCCUGCACGGAAGUGGCAGUGCAGCCUCGAAACCAAGUGCCAAGCGUAGCAGCCCGAGAAUGUGGCCAAAAUGUGGAACAGGAGUGCGUUAUUGAGCAAGCUCCAGAGACAUUGUCAUAUCUUGAAUUUAUGCCUGAUGGGCAGCACCAGAUGACAUCGAUUCAAUACCAAGUAGAACCAGAUCUGCAACAGGAAUCGGUACCAGGACCGGUAGUGGUACUGGUACCCAAUGAUUAUUGGAGCGACAUGGAACGACAAGGUGCUGCACCUCAGCCACAGCUGGUAUUGCCCGCCCGAGAGUAUUGGCAAGACGUGCAGCAGCAACAACAACAGCAAGCCCUUCGGCAGUCCGUACUGCUGGACCUUAACUUGGAACAGCAGGAUGCUGUUGUUCACCCACAAAAACAUACGGAAAUCGAGCUGCAGGACAUCGGCUUUGAAGCACAGAUGGAGUCGACAACACAAGAAGAUUGGUGUGAAAGAGAACAGCCUACCGAUGCGAUCACACGGCAACCUGAUACCACACAGCCAACAGUAAACUGGCUUCCACUUAAUGAAUGGCCAGAAUUAAGGCAUACAAUUAAACGGAAGCCACUGGCUAACACGAUACCUUCACGCACAGAAUGUUGCCCUGAAGUGCAGCAAAAUAGUGAUGUAGCUGCACCAACGAAAUCCGGGAAAUCUAUACCCGACAAGCGGCCCAAAUUGUGGCCAAAAAAGGCAGGAAACCCCAAUAUGACACAGCCAACAGAAUGGCCAAAAUUGAAGCAACGAGUUGCACAAAAGUCACCGGCUCCUACGGUACUGUCACACAAUGAUUGGUAUAGACAAUUUGAACAAAAAGCCAAAAGUUUACCACAGAGCGAAUGUUUUCCAGAAGUGCAACCAACUAUUAUUGCAGUUGCACCACCGAAUCCCGAAAAAUGUAUGCAAGUUUCAGCGUCUGUACAUCAGGUGCAACCGACAACUGGGGGGGUGAUGCAUCAUCAAAGCUGUCCAAGGAUUGAACAGACGCCUUGUGUUUUAUCACAACCGGAAAUGCAGCGAGUGGUGCCACGUCCAGCCAAACGGUGUGCAAAGUCUGCUGAAGUUUCACCACUCCCGUCAGCACAUACCGUACCAGCAUACCAUCAGUUAAGUCCGGACAACAAAGAUGAAGUCUUGGCUUCUUCAUUCGCGGAAACGAGAAAGCAGAAACAGGGAGCAGCGUCGCGGCGAGAAUGGUGGCAGGCGGAUGUCUUCAUACCGCAGCAGAGACGGACGCCACGCAGUCCUUACCCUAGAGUCGACUGGACCCCGUAUUCCUAUGGUUCGAUAUCAACGCUGCCAGAAGCUACAUCAAAUAUGACACCUUCAAUGGAUGAUCGAAAAGAAGAGGUGCUGGACUUUGUCGCCCCAAUAAUGCCAACACCAAUGAGUAGCUCCAACAUGUCGUCAGAAGGUACUGAGGCAGAGUUUCCAUCGUUUGAGGAUUUUGUCAAACAAGUGGCCGAUUGCGGCCUGUCAAGCUCGGAGUAUCUUGGCACAUUGAGGAAUCUUUUGUUACGUGCCCAUAAUCUAAUGCUGCCCUUGCUGUGCGGCCGUUUUGCCAAAAUGAGCCAAGCCCAGAUGGCUGCCUACACCACUGCCAUUUUGGAAGUAACACCGCUGCAUCCGAGUCUAUUUUUGCCAUCGAAUGUGUCGUCCAGCCAUCCGCAGAGUCUGACUCCUCAGGAUCUGGUGCGCAUGCAUGUGAGUGUGUACGGAGGUUCAGGUUUGUCGGCGUUACCUCCAAAUCCACAGCCAGAACCCCCACCACCGCUUCUGAUCGAUGUCGGCACACAGACCGACUACGAAUGCUGGUGCUUUUGCAGACCCAUGGGACCCAAUCUUCCACAGUCAACGUAUUUUUGUACCUCGAGUACCGCAUCCUCGCAACCGUCGGAACAAUCUGAACAAUCUGAAUGUUGGGAACAGUCGGCAGAAUCGCUCGAGCAACAUAUACAAUUGCAGCAGGAUCGGCAAGAGCAUCCGAGUAGCUUAUCUUCUAGUCAAGAGUGGAGCUUUGCCACACAGCAUACGGACGAGCAGAUAUACGGCAGCCAGCUUAGCUUGUUCAGCUCGUACCCCUACACAAAUCACAGUUCCUGGGUCAACAGCUGCAGCAACAAUAAUAGCAACAUUAAUGAACAGAGUGACCUAAAUCCGGAUAGCGAAUAUGAACAUGAUCAAAACAUCGAUUACGAAUCAAUGUCUCAGUUCACACAAAACUGUGAGAACGGCAAUGGUGACUCUCCGAUAGGAAUUCGGAAGAGAAGCACCUUUUUGACGCCGACUGGCCUGGUGAUGCCCUCAAUGCCCAAUAUAUACUUUCCGCAAAGCAGCAGAUCCCUUUUCAUCUUUAAUAUGAAUGAUGACGACAAUCCGAAUACGCAUUAUGCAGAGCUGUUGCCCAACAUUAAUAUUGGUUUGAAUAUGUUAAGUUUUCUAGAACGCAAACGGAAAUCCUAUCUCAUGCGCAAUGUCCGUACCAAGUCCACCGGUAUGACGGGAAAUGUCUCUCAGAUGAUGCCAGAAAUGGAUUCAACGAAUUCAGAUGUUUCACCACACUCGUCUUCCCACGCGAAUCCAACCUAUCUUUUUACGCCUAACAACUUGCAUAAGAGUAUGAACUCGAAUGACAGCUCAUUGGAUGGUCAUCAAAUGAUGACUCCCAAUGUGGAUAUGACCAACAACAAUCUAGAUCAUAUAAAUAGUUCUAGCAUCAAUGAAGCCAAUAUAAAUAAUGAUCAUUGCAAAGAGACUCACACAAAUUAUGAUCUAACAGAUAGUGAAUGUGAAUCAAUCGACAAGCUCACAUCUCCAGACGAAACUUAAGGAAUUUAAAUCAAUAACUUGUAUACACUCCUUAAUAGUAUUUCGCUUACACCAUCAACACAUGCCAUUCAACUUCUAUUAUUAUAUAGAGGAAGACUUCUUCAAACAUUUCGAACUCGGCUUACAUAAGUAUUUAUUAUAUACAAACUGCGCUUAUUAGUUAUUUCUAGAAAAAGGAAGAACACAUUGCAUUAAUCUUUGUCAAUCAGCAUCAUUAUUCAGCAGAAAGAAAUGACGUACAGCAAAAUAACUGUCUUUCCGUUUUUAAAAAUAUGUUUUUCAGCAUAAGUUUACUCUCCACAAUAAAUCCAUGUUGCUCACACCUCCACCCACAUCCUCUUACACACACACACACACACAUAAAAUAAAAAAAAAAAUAUA